AUGAUUCAUUUUAAAGAAAAUAAGAAUAAGUCAGCCUUAAGUACAAGAUGGGCGCAAAUGUCCAAGCAAGAACAAAUAAUCGAAAAGAAGAAGAUGGAGAUCCAAGCCAAAUUAGAGGCUCAAAAACAAGCUGCUGCCCUAGCGGCUCAAGCGAAAUUAUCUAAACCUGCCACCAAUGAAGAAACUGGUCCAAAUAUAUUUUCCAAUGAUGGUAGUUUUAUGAGUCAAUACAAAGCAUUGUUAGAGAAACAAAAUAAAGAAAAACAAGAAAAGGAAGCGAAGGAGAAGCAAGAAAAUGAGGAAAAAGCAAAAUUAGAGGAAGAAGAAAAGAAAAAACCGGAAAUAAAUGUUAAGAAGGAAGAUGUGGAUUCGGAACUAAAUGAUAACUUAAAUCACAAUUCAAAUGAUCGAAGACAAGACAGAGGAUCUAGGGAGCGACGUCGUUGGAGUGACAGAAACAGAAUGCGUACCCAUAGUCCUAUCACACCAGUCAUAGAAGACAGAAAGAAGAUGAUAGACACCAUGAAUAUCCCACCCUUAAUGCAGUUAUCUGUUAGACCUCCCGAUGACCAAUCUCCACUAAAUGCUUCCCACAAUCCAUGGCAAUCCAAUGAGGGUACACCCUCGAAUGAUGAAUAUGAUCUUGAAAUGAAAUCUCGUGAUAAUACUCAUGAAGAUGAAGGUUCAGAUACAGGAGCCAGAGGUAUGAUGGCACCUGGACCUGUGACGCAAGGAUCAGGCCCAAUGAGACCUUGUCCAAUUGGUUUUGGGCCAGGUCCUAUGGGUCAUGGGCCAAUGGGACAAAUGGUACCUAACCCAAUGGGCUCAGGACCACUAGGUCCCGGUCCUAUGGGAUCAGGUCCCAUGGGUUCAGGUUCUAUAGGUUCAGGCCCUAUGGGUUCUGGUCCUAUGAAUUCGGGUCCUAUGACUUCAAGUUCUAUGGGCUCAGGUCCUAUGGGUUCGGGACCUAUGGGUUCAGGUCCAAUGGGUUCAGGUCUCAUGGGUUCGGGACCUAUGGGUUCAGGCCAUAUGAGUUCAGGUCCUAUGGGUCCAGGCCCAAUGGGUUCAGGUCCCAUGGGUUCAGGCCCUAUGGGUUCGGGUCCCAUGGGGCCAGGUCCUAUAAGGCCAGGACAGAUGGGAUCAAAUCCUAACAUGCCACCAGGUUCAAAUAUGGGUCCUGGAUCAGGUCCAGGUCCAAAUAUGGGUUCAGGUCCUAUGAUGGGGCCUGGAGGGCCAAACAUGCCGCCGAUGCCCCCUUUUAUGAAUGGCCCUCCUAACUUUUCUAUGCCACCAAACUUUAUGGGCCCUAAUGGUCCUUGUGGUCCAGGCCAAAUGCCGCCAAAUAUGUGCGGACCUAAUAUGCGCGGGCCUAGACCAAAUGCUCCAAUGCCACCAUUCUUUCCGCCAUUUAACAAUCCACAAAUGGGUAACAACGGCCCACCAAAUUCUAUGAAUAAUGUUCGUUUCGGCCCUAACGGCCCUAACUUUGGAUCACGACCACCCUUUGGGCCAAACGGCUCUAACUUCGGCCCCAACAACGGACCUCUGAAUAUGGGUCAACCUCCAAACAUGCCUUUUAUGCAUCCAAAUGCAUUACCCCCUAAUGUCAUGUCGGAUUCGAAACCCUUGGAUAUACCACCUCCUGAUCCUAUGAAGCUCGGAAACAUACCACCUCCUAUGCCCAUGACCCUUAACCACAUUCCUCAACCGAAUGACCUUGAACCAGGAAACAUACCAGCUCCGAACACAUCUCAAGUUCUCUCUGCAGAUACGUUCCCGCCGGCUGUACUACGAGCCGCAACCGAAGUGGCAACCAACGGCGACCACUGGGAAAAUGUCCUGAAUGCUAUACACUCACAAGACCAAAAUAUGUGGUUUCUUCGGAAUCCAAACUCGAAUGAAUAUAAGGCGUAUCGGGAACUGGUGAAUAAGAUGCGGGGUGAGGUUCAAGACAGGAAGCCGGAAGUGAAACCCGAAGACAAAUACGAACCUGAAUUCUCUUUAGAAGACGAUGACAGUAACGAUAAUAGACCGAUCAAAGAUGAAUAUAAACAUAGCAACCAAGAGGCUUACAAUAAACGUGAGCAGACGAGCUCUCAGAGCGAUGAAGAUUCUGAUGUUAAGAGAGAAAGACGAAAGAGGAAGAAGUCUAGAUGGGGGGACGACCCGCCUGUAGAUAUUAAACCACCCGGUGUUGUAUUACCUACUGGAAUACCUGGUGCAAAAUUAUCAAAAUUAGAAGAAGACGGAUUAAAACUGACUACAGUUAAUAAAAAUAAUCAAGCAUUAAUGCAGUAUGCAAUGAUUAAUUAUGGAACGACGAAUUUAAAUGCCGAGGAUUGGAAGAAGUGUGAAGACAAUUUUAAAUUAAAUCUGCUUUACCAGGAUAUGUUGAAGAAACGCCAGGAAGUGGAGCGUUUAGCUGCGGCUGGGAAACACAAGUAUGAAUAUGACAGUGAUGAAGAUGUAGCUGACGGAACAUGGGAACAUAAAUUACGCGCCAAGGAAAUGAAUGCAACUGAAAAAUGGGCAACGGAAUUAACAAAACAAGCUGCUGGUAAACAUCAUAUUGGAGACUUUCUGCCUCCAGAGGAACUUAAGAAAUUUAUGGAAAAGUAUUCAGCUUUCAAAAGUGGUAAAGAACCAGAUUUAAGUGACUACAAAGAGUAUAAACUGAAAGAGGACAAUGUUGGAUUUAAAAUGCUUCAGAAACUUGGUUGGAAUGAAGGUCAGGGACUUGGGGCAGAGGGCACUGGGAUUAUAGAACCUAUUAAUAAAGCGAACCAGCCAGUGUCGAACCUAGGUCUGGGCGCUGCGUCAGCUGAAGGCGCGUGUCCCGAUGAUGAUGAGUUCGACGCUUACAGGAAGAGAAUGAUGCUGGCGUAUAGAUUCAGACCGAACCCAUUGGUACCAUCUUUAUAUAUACAGUAG